UUAAAGGUAUAUGAUCUGUUUGUAAUAUAUACACAUUUGGAAAUAUUCGGAAAAUCUAAAUCAAUUAUAAAAAUUUAUUUAACGUUUAUUUUUGUUUUUUAAUUGUAUAAAAGUGAUGAUUCAGAAAAUAAAUUAUACAAAUUGCAUUAUAAACAUCACCAAACAAAGCCUAUUACAAUAAUCAUGGAUGAAAUGAUCGCUAAGAGGGAAGCAAGAAGAAGACGAAUUUUAGAAAAUUCAGAACGUCGUUUACAAAAAAUUACUGAUAAAAGUAACCAAAAUGAAUUCGAAGAUAUAUCAACCAAAUGUACUGCUUUAAAUGUAUAUUCAAAUCUAUUAGAUUUAGAAGUAAAUGGUAUAUCUGUAAACAAGGCACUUAUUCAAGAUGAAAAUGAUGCUUUAUAUUUUCAAGGUGAUAAUAUUACAAAAAACAGAGAUAAAACAAAUAUAGAAUCAUAUUUUGGUUUAAAUAAUGAAGAUACUUCUUUUGUAUUAAGCAAUUCCUACAAGUGUAAUGACAUAACAAAUGACAAACUUGAUUGUACAAAUAAUAUGUCAAAUUUAAAGCAUUUUGGUUAUCACAAUGAAAAUACAGAUUACAUACAAGAGAAACAUUCUACUAAUGACCAAAUACAACACAACGUAUGCAAUAAAAGUAUACUAUCGUCUAAUUUAUUGUCUAAUCACAUAAGUUAUAUCGUGCUGGCAGCUAUAGUUAACAUUUUAUUAUUGUUUAAAAUGGAUCAUCUAUUUGGGAAGUAUAUUCUUAUACCCUAUUUUAUUAUGAUGCUUGGACGUUUGUGUGCUCGUAAUAAUAUUCAAGAACCACAACAUGGAAGUCCCUUGAUUGCUACCUUGAUAUUAUGUAAUAUUAAGCCUGUGUUAACUUAUCGACUUACAAGGGCAAUAAGCAUUAUUACUUCAAUCAUCACAGAUUUAGCAUUAUAUAUUUUCAGCUUUACUUUAAUCUAUUGUGCAAUUACAUAUUAUUUACAAGAUUUCAAUAUUUUAAUUGCAUCAAGUAUGUAAGAACGUAAUAUAGAAAAAUAAUGUUUUAUUAGAAAUUAUUAGCAAAUAACCUAUGUAUAAGAAAAGAAAGAGCUAAAUGUUUUAUAGCAUGUAAAUGUAUCCAUACACAGCACACACAUAGUAGAUAUGAUUUUGAAUAAAAUUAUUAUUCUCUUAUUAAAUAAAUACAUAGAUGCAAAGUAAAGAUAUGUAUGACAACAAAUUUUUAUUUUCUAUAUACUAUAUAUUACAUAAUAUCAUGAUUUAUUUAUAUAAAUGGUUAUUAGAAAUAUUUCCAAAACUUUUUAACAUGUCUAAUUGCAUAUAUUAAGUACCGGAAAAACUCUGGGAAAAUAAAAUUUUAUUAUUAUAAACAUUAUAAGUUCGCGAAUAAUUAUCAUAAUACAAAUAUUGAAUACAUCAAUAAUAUAUUGCUUAUAUUGAAUGUCCUGUAGUAUUGUCACACUUCUCAAAAUAAGACGUUUGUAUAUUAUGUAUAAGCAAUAGAUAACAUAUAUUAAAUUUUAUAUGUUAUAAAUAUUCUGUAUGCAUAUUGUAGUGUACAUAUUUUUAGUGCUUGUCUCCAUUUGCGUCUUCAUUUGAUAUAAUUUCACAUGGACAAAUUUGUAAUUUCUGCUUCUUCAUUUUUAUAUAUGUCUACAACAAACUUGACACGUUAUUAUAAAAAUUGUAGCACACACAUCUAAAUAAUUUUCUAAAUAUAACAUGCAGUAUGAAAGGUAAUUAAAUAUAGAAUCUAUUAAUAAAUUUAGUUUAUUUAUUAUUUUUAUUUCUUCUUAAAAAAAAAAGUCAAACAAUAAAAUAGAGAAAACUUAAUUUGAUAAUAUAUAAAUUUAUUUCAUCAAUAAUAAUUAUGUAUAUAACACAUUCAAAAAUUAACACAAAAAACCUAAAAAGUACUAUGAUUGGAAAUAAAGAAAAAAAGAUCUGUUAUCUGUACAUAAGGUUCCAACAGCAAAAAAUCGAUAUGAGAAAAUAAAAUAUACCAAUGAAUACAUA